UUGAUCAUCAUGUUGUCGAAGAUUCUUCUCGUUUCCCAGCUUCUUGCUCCCGCCCUUGCGGAGCUAUCCAUUCGCGGCGCGGAUAUCUCUUCCCUGAUUAUUGAAAAUGAUGCUGGCAUCACAUACAAGAACCUGGAGGGCAAAACCGAGGCGCUAGAGGUUAUUCUCGCAGACCUGGGUUUCAACUCUGUUCGUCAGCGAAUCUGGGUAGACCCCAGCUCUGGUGACUACAAUCUUGACUACAACAUCGAGUUAGCGACGAGGAUUCAAGCACAGGGUAUGACCACAUACCUUGAUCUUCAUCUGAGUGACACAUGGGCUAGUCCCAGUGAGCAGACAACUCCCACAGGAUGGUCCACAACCGACAUUGACACCCUCACCUGGCAACUAUACAACUACACCCUGCUAGUCUGCAACACCUUCGCAGAGAACGACCUAACCGUCGACAUCGUCUCAAUCGGUAACGAAAUCACCGCCGGAUUACUCUGGCCUCUUGGUGAGACCCCUAACUACGAUAACAUUGCCAGUCUGCUACACUCCGGCGCAUGGGGAGUCAAGGAUUCCGACCUUGCAACCACACCCAAGAUCAUGAUCCACCUGGACAAUGGCUGGGACUGGGAAGAGCAAGAAUAUUUCUACAACGAAGUUCUAGCCGACACCACCGACCUCGUCUCCACUGAUUUCGAUUACAUGGGUGUAUCAUACUACCCCUUCUACAGCUCCAGUGCUACGCUUACAGCGUUGACUACUAGCUUGAAGAACAUGUAUAAGGCCUACGGCAAGGAUAUCCUUGUUGUCGAGACCAACUGGCCUACUUCGUGUCCUGACCCUGAAUAUGCGUUCCCAUCUGAUUUGGCGAGUAUCCCGUUCUCUGUUGCGGGACAGGAAGAGUUCUUGGAGAAAUUGGCGGAUGUCGUUGAGGGUGUUACUGGUGGUUUGGGUAUUUACUACUGGGAGCCUGCUUGGGUUGGCAAUGAGAAUUUGGGAAGUAGUUGUGCGGAUAACCUUAUGGUUAGUAGUUCAACUCAUGAGAUCUAUGCCAGUGUUGAGACUCUUGGUGAGCUGUAG